GAUUCAAAUAUGCAGGAUGGAAAACCUAAUAACAGUCUAUGGGCAUCAAAUAACAUUUUGAAAAAACACUGCACAUCUGGUUUGCAUAAUUUAGGAAAUACUUGUUUUAUGAAUUCAAUUCUUCAAUGCUUGGCUCAUACUGGUCCUUUAUUAGAUUAUUGUCUGCCUAAAAAUUAUCUUGUUGACAUUAAUUAUACAGCAAGUUCCAUGAAAGGAUCUGUUAUUAAAGCUUUUGCAAAUCUUGUACAACAUAUGUGGAAAAAUGAUGAACCAGUAAGUCCUCAAGAAUUGAAAGGACAAAUACAAAAGUUUUCUCCUCGUUUUACAGGACAUAACCAGCAUGAUGCACAAGAAUUUUUGCAUUUUCUGCUUGAAGGAUUACACAAUGAUGUUAAUCGUGUUAAGAACAAACCAACUCCAUUGGAAAUAAAUAUUGAUGAAAAACUAAAUGAUAAUGAUAAAGCAAUUGAAUCAUGGAAACAUUAUUUGAGGUUUGACAACAGUCGAAUUGUAGAUAUUUUUGUUGGACAGUUGAAAAAUAUACUAAAAUGUACAGUUUGUGGUUAUACAUCAGUUACUUUUGAUCCCUUUUGGGAUCUUUCUCUGCCUAUACCUAAGUCUUGUGGAAGAGUUACACUUCAAGAAUGCUUAACAUUAUUUACAAAAGAAGAAACACUUGAUGGUGAAGAGAAACCAACUUGUUCAAGAUGCAAGGCAAAGAGGAAAUGUAUAAAAAAGCUUAUGGUUCAUAAAUUCCCACAGAUAUUAUUAUUACAUCUAAAGAGAUUUUCCCAGAGUGGUAGUUUUCGGGACAAGCUUCACACCACCGUAGAAUAUCCGCUCAGUGGCUUAGACAUGAUUCCAUACGAAAGUAGCAGUAGCCGUGCAAAUUAUAAUUUAUAUGCCGUGGUCCAUCACAGCGGUAGUUCUUUCUCAGGACACUACACGGCAUCUUGCUGUCAUCCAGACACUCAUCAAUGGUACAGAUACAACGACGAAAAUGCAAUUGCCAUCAGUUCAAACGAAGUUACCCUUUCAGAAGGAUAUGUGCUAUUUUACGAAUUGGGAAGCCAGUCGUCCAGAUUGUAAAUAAUACUCAGGGUGCUACUGAAGAUGGGACCGUACUUUUGUGAAAAACUAGCUUUAGUUUCGCGUCGAAUCGCUGUGAUCUACCGGUUUAAAACAUUCCAUUUGGUGAGACAACCAGAGAAUAACAAUCAAAUAGUAAAAGUACCUCAAUUUUUUUCUUAAAAUGCUCUCUAAGUUUAAACAAUUCUUAAAUAUUAGUUAAAACAUUAUUAUAAUUUAGAAAGCAAUUUCUAAUCAAAUUGUAAAAUAUUGAUAAAGGAUCGAUAUUUACCUAAUAUCAAUAUUUUAUACUGAGGGAUUUUAAUUAAACAUGGAUUUCACCCAGUUCAGAAUGGAAUUACUGCCAAUGAAAUUAAUCUGGCAAUCGUGUAAUUUUAAGGCACAGCCAAAAUCUUCUACAUCUAUUUUCCUAAAUUAGAUUUUAAAAAAAAUUAGGAAUAGGGGAAGUCUAGGCAAAAGUUACUAAUAUUUUUAAACGAACAAAUAUACAACAAAUGAUCCAUAUCGAGUACGUUUCCAAAUGAUUUUAUCUCAUAUAAUAUGUCAUUUUGGGCAAAUGGUUUUCCGUAAUCAUAAAGAACAUUUCUGAAUGUGGCCGGUGAGUGGAUCUGUAUUAAUCUGGCAAAAUAAUGCCAUUCCCGAUCCAAAAUUAUUAUUUGAAUUUAAAUCUGAGAGAGCAAAUAUAGUAUUAUUUUAUCAUUUUUUCAACAGAAAAUAUGUUUUUAUUUAAAAUAAAUUAAUUAAAUAAAAGAAAAUUUAAUUUCUUAAACUAAGUUAAUCUGUUCUUCUAAGCUUUCAUAUAACUACAUAUGAAUGCUUUUCCUACUUUCAAAUCUUGUUAAAUUUAUUUACCAUUACUUGAUAUAUCAAAUAUCUUUACAUUAAAUUGAAAGUUGCAAAUAUGAAAAUUAGUCUAAUGUAACAACCACUUAUUUAUCUUUUAAGACAGUGAUUUUCAACCACUGUGCCACUGUGAGAUUCUUGAAAUGUGCUGCACUGCAAAUAUCCAUACAUAUGCGACAUCAGACAAGUAGUUCAAUUGGUUCUACCUUCCUAGGGCGUGAUUGGAAAUUGUAAUCUGUGUUAUUGGUAACUGCCAAUAUUUAUCAAGGCGUUUAGAAAAUGUGACCUAAAUAACCAACUGCAUUUAAAAAUCAGUUAUGAUGUCACCAGUUGCCCUGCAGCACUUACCGAAAUAACUGUGUGCGCCACCAAAUUUUUAAAUUACUAGCAGACCCAGCCACGCAUUGUUGUGGCUCAAAAUGUAUCUAUUAUAAAUGUAUAACACUUCCCCGUGGGGGGAAUUUUUCGAAAAACUCUUAGUGUACAUUUUCUU